CCUCCACACAGCUAUGAACAUCACUGAGGAGGAGAGACAGGGCAUCUAUGGAAGAGAGUCCCAUGAAGAGAACAUCAUCUUUGCCACAUUUUACAUCCUGGUCUUCAUCAUCGCUGUGCCUGGAAAUGCCUUAGCUCUGUGGGCCUUCUGUCGCCAGGCAAGCACCUCUCCCUCCAAGGUCUUCCUGAAGCACCUAGCCAUAGCAGACAUCUCCUACAUCCUCAUUUUACCCAUGCGUGUGAUUUACCACCUCUCUGACAGCCACUGGCCCUUUGGACACAUCCUCUGCCAACUAGCAGGCUUCCUGUUUUACGUUAACAUGUACUGCAGUGUCUACUUGAUGAGUUUCAUCAGCCUGGACAGACUCCUGGCCCUGCUUCUACCUGUCAAAUCACAGUUGGUAAGGAAGCCUGCAUAUGCAAGCGUGGCUGCUGGCAUACUAUGGGUGAUAGUCAUUGUGUCCAUGAGCCCUUUAAUUCUGUCCAAAAAGCAUAUGACCAACAAUUCAACUGGCACGUGUAGCCAGCUGUACUUGGAAAAGCCAUCUCCCACAGCUUUGGUUUCCACUAUUGUGGCAUUUGUUAUUCCCCUUGUCACCAUCAUGGUGUCCUACAUAUUGAUCCUGUUGAAACUAAAGACUGUCCAGCAAAAUGAAAAAAGACAGAUGAAAGACAAAGCUAUCAGAAUGAUUAUUCUCAUAAUGAUGAACUUCCUUUUUGCCAUUGUGCCUUACCAUGUGACUCGAGUCAUUUAUAUCCAUAGUCACAGUGACAGCCACAUGACUAUGGCAAAAAGUGAGUCACUUGCAAGAGCCAAUCGGAUCACCUCUGCACUGACCUGUGUUAGUGGUGUACUGGAUCCUCUAAUGUAUUUUUUCCUCACUAACACAUACAGGAACAUACUGCUGCAGCUAGUCCGUAGGGAAGACCAUCAUCAGCAAUCAACACGUAUCAUGUAGGCAACAUGUUUUCAAUACACUGUUUUUCUAUCAUAUUGCUAUAGGUCUU